AUGUCCACUAUUCCAUGCGUCAAGUCGGUUCUACAGAAGACAUUCAUUGCAGGCUGUCAAUUCAAUAACGGCAGGAGCUAUCGCAUCUUCUAUCAAACUCCGGAUGGAAGUAUCCACGCUUUCACGACUGACAACUAUGGAGCCAAAUGGGAUGGUGGAAACGCCUAUGUGAUGGUCCCACCCGGAAGGGCCAAGAUGGAGACUCCAAUGGCUACUGUGAUGUUCGCCUGGAACAAACAAGCAUGCUCACGGACCUUUUACGUUGGCAAGAAUAACGAAGUACGAGUGUUCGGUGUGACUGGUGGGAGACUCCACGAUGGACGAAUCAAUGGCGGAAAUUUUAUUGCUUCUGGGCACAGUCGUAUCGGUGCAGUCGCAUGGGUAGAAGGGAAUACUCCUUAUAUCAGAAUCUAUUUCCAGGCACCAGAUGAUCAUAUUCAGGAAAUAUGUUUCGAUGGAAACUCGAGCGAGCAGUAUAAUACCGGUCAUUCGUUUCCGACGCCUCUUCAAGGAACAGCUCUUGCGUUCUUGUGUCAACCACGGUCAGCUCGAGAUCCAGGUUCAAAGGGUAUCAUCAUUCGAGGCUUCUAUCAGCACACUGAUCUUCGGAUCAUGGAGAUUGUCUGGGAUGGAAAGUGGCAUCCAGGCAAUUUCAUAAAUGGAGAUACUCCCGUGGAGAAGCAGACUCAUAUUACUGCCUCCAUUAGCAGUGGAAAGCCCAUUGGGCAAAUUUGUGUGUAUUGGACAAACAGCUGUGGAGGCUUCCACUCCGUCACGGAGUGUAUCUGUCGGGAUGGAGAGUGGCAAGGACCGAAGUUGAUUUCAGUUUGCUGCUCAUCCAGUAGCUCAAGGCUUCUGUGCUGCGCCCACAUUCCCGACAACUCGACUCAGACCUGUGUUCGGCUCUUUUUCAUGGGCUGCAACGGUCUGAUAAAUGACGCUAGGCGCGAGAACGGGCACUGGGGCUGGGGAGGAAAGUAUGGUGGUCAGUGCCAAUGGUUGCCAUUCUAG